AGGUCUGUUAAAACAAAACACAUCAGUUUCAAAUACACGGUCUUAACAAACACUAGUUGUUUAAGCCAACAAACUACCAACGAAAUCCAAACCAACUCUUAUCAAAAAUAUCAACCUUAAAAAUGUUCUCCUCAAAAACUGUAGUCAUUGCUGUAGCAAUCAUUGCCAUUAGCUGUUGCCUAAUUGAAGUCAGUCAGGCCUUACCUUCCAUUGGACACUACGGCAAACGUUUUGACACCAUGUCGGGCAUUGAUUUCAUUCAAAUUUGUUUGAAUAACUGUGCCCAAUGUAAGAAAAUGUUUGGCGAUUACUUCCAAGGUCAAACCUGUGCUGAAUCCUGUCUGAAAUUCAAGGGCAAAGCUAUACCCGAUUGUGAAGAUAUUGGCUCCAUAGCUCCUUUCCUAAAUGCUUUGGAAUAAAUAGAGAGAAAACAAGGUUGAUUUGUUGAUAUGAUGAAAUGUGAUAAUAUCCUACCUAACGAUAACGAUAAUGAUGAAAACGAUACUUAA